AUUAUCGCAAAUUGUUAACUAUAUUAUGUUAACAAUAUCUUUUAGAAUUAAUUUUACAACAUAUUUACGUUGCAGCAAAUCGUAAGGAGAAAUUUCCCUGCAAAAUGAGUAAUAUCAUAUCAAUGCAGUACAAAUAUUUUCCAUACAUUUCUAAGUAUCUUAAAAGUAAUGCAAGUAUUAGAAUGUAUUCAUCAUUAUCACACAUAGACGAGACCGGUAAAGCGAAUAUGGUGGAUGUUGGAUUAAAAAAUGAUAGUAAACGCGUAGCGAUAGCAAGGGGAUUCGUGAGGAUUGGUCCUGUCAUCAGUAAUUUAAUCGCGGAAAACAAUGUAAAGAAGGGCGAUGUGUUAUCAGUGGCUCAAUUGGCUGGUAUUAUGGCAGCGAAACGUACUUCUGAUCUGAUACCUCUGUGUCAUCCGCUUUCCUUGUCUUAUGUAAACGUAUGCUUAAAAUUGAACGAGGAAUCGCACAGAGUCGAAAUCACAUCGGAGGUCAGAUGUAUCGGCAAAACCGGGGUCGAAAUGGAAGCUUUAACCGCUGUGAGUAUAGCGGCUCUGACAAUCUAUGAUAUGUGUAAAUACGCAGCUAGUCCUGGCACAAUGCAAAUAUAUGGUAUAGAAUUGGUGUCGAAAAAGGGUGGUACAAAAAGUGAUUUUACAAUAUAAAACGUAGGCUGGUAUCAGUGUCUUGUCGAUAGCACAAAUUAUUAUUGACAGGAAGAUUUUUAUUCUGCUGUGAAUAAUUAAAUAAUAUAGAACAGAGUACAAUUUUAUACGUAUCAUUUAACUUGGAAUUUUACAAAGACUCAAAGAUGUCUAAAGAAAGAG